AGUUGUCAGCACUGACCAGAGAAAUCAAAGAAAAUAGACACUACUGUCAGUGACUCUCGGUGCAAUUGAUGGAUUAUCGUACAUUUAAAUUUGAUUUUAGGAUUAGUUGGACAUAUUGACUUUCAGCUGGUAAUGUAUUUUUCACAGCAUAUGUUUGAUUUUCCUCUAUGAACGGAUGUGUUAUUAUCAGCGGACGGAUAUAUCCAUGAGCCUCUCCCGUUAUCCGAAUAUGUCAACCGUAUGACGGCGGUUUAUUUGACACAUCCGCCGACGUAAAAUAGCCAUACAUUGCUCACUUAAGUUACUGCAAUGGCUAUGGCGUUGAGUUUCUUCAGUGGUCCCGAGGUGCUCGAGGACGUGAAUCACGCUCGGGGUUUGAUGGACGAGUUGAAAUUCCUGUAUGACUGCCGCCUGCUCGGGGACGUUACUAUCGGAGUGGAGAGUGAAGAGGAAGAGUCAACCGGAGAGGCAGCCAGGGGUGACAUUGGACAACUUUUCCUGUGCAGCCGCAACGUCCUCGCAGCUGCCAGCCCUUACUUCAAGAGCAUGUUCACCGGGGGGUUAAAUGAAAGCAUGCAGCAGAGAGUGGUCAUCCGCGGGGUGGACUCUGAGUCCAUGUCUGUUAUCAUCGACUACUGUUACACAGGCAGGGUGACCAUCACGGAGAGCAACGUCCAGAGGCUGUACGCAGCUUCAAACAUGCUCCAGCUUGAGUACAUCAGGAAGGCUUGCUCCAGCUUCAUGACGAGGAGGCUGGACCUAUCAAACUGUGUGGGGAUUCUGAAAUUUGCUGACUCUUAUGACAAUCCUGAAUUGAAGGACACUGCUCAAGCCUUUAUAGCAAGACAUUUUAGCCAGGUGUGUAGUGGAGGGGAGCUCUGUGAGUUGGAUUUGAUACAACUGAAAGACAUAUUGUCUCUGGACGCUUUGGAUGUGGACUGUGAAAGGAAGGUCUGCUCGGCUGCUUUGCAGUGGAUAGAGGAAAAUGCACCACAGAAAAGGGAGGAUGCGCUACAGGCAUUGAAAUGCGUACGCUGGAACUUGUUUAACGAGAAGGACAAGUGUUACCUGGAGGGUCUCAUGGCCAGGCCUUUAAUUGAGAAAUACCUCGAAACCUUCUUUAACACGUCUGCAGAGGUCAGCUGUGCAAUACCUGCAACUCUGGACAUACCAAAACAGAGAAUAGGUGUAAAUGCAAAAGAAAUGAUCCUCUUUUUCGGCCUACCAAACGACAACAUAAUGUGCUGCGACCCUUACUCAGAGGACCUGUAUUUCAUGGCCCCUCCUUUAGAAGACCUCAGCAGUCAGGAUUACAAACGCUCUACCAUGGAGUCCUUAAUCGCCUGUGCCACCCCUGACAACAACCUGUACCUAGCCUCCCACCUCUCCAAACACUUCUGGCUGUACAACCCUGUGAUGAACAGCUGGCAGGAGUUAGCUGAGAGGCCGCUGGGGAGGAUCCACUCUGGGAUGGGCUACCUCAACGGCCAUGUUUACCUCCUGGGAGGAAGAAACCCAGUGACGGAUUCCCGACUGAAGGAGGUGGAGUGUUACAGCAUCCAGAGGAACCAGUGGACAUAUGUGGCUCCUUUGCCUCAUUCUUUAGGUAAAAUGCAGGUGGUGGCACUAAACGAUCAGCUGUAUGUGGUGAACAAAAGGAGAAUGCUUUGCUACGAUCCCAGGAGGAACCGCUGGCGCCACUGUGGAUCACUGAGGAGGGACAAGCUUCAUAAGGCCUGCGUGUAUCAGGACCAGAUCAUCUGUGUGUGUGACAUCCCUGUGGUGAAAGCCUACAGCCCCACCCGAGGGGAAUGGAAGAGGCUGGGGGACAUUCCCAUCGACAGUCGGGCCCUGAACUACCAGGUGAUCCAGCACAACAACAAGCUGCUCCUCCUCACUCAGACUUUACUACAGCACAACAAAAACAGGGUCCUCAUUCAUGAAUACGACCCCGGCAGGGACAACUGGAAGAACAUCAUGGCGGUGUAUGUGUCCACCCUGGGGCCCGUGUGUGUUUCUACACGCGUGUACCCAGCAUGCCUAGGCUCUGCGCACAGCUUCUCUACAGAGGAGGACGAUGACAGUGGCUCCAGUGCCGACUGGGACUUUGACGGGUUGACGGACGCAGACUCAGACUCUGGCAGCUCUAGCUCUUUCUCAGAUGAGAACUGGUAGUUAAAUGUGUUGCUGUGUCAAUAAAAAGUUUUAAUUAUGUAUCGCUUUGUGGAUUUUACAGGGUUCUGACUGCCAGAAAAAGCUCAGCGAUUAAUGAAGUAUUAAAGCCAGCCAUACAGUUGAAGAAGUCCAUUGAAAUCUUUAUUUCAUAUGGACGGAUAAAGAUUAUUUUGUAAAGGAAGAACUUAGCAGUUUGUUUCAGAAAUGCCAAGAGAAGGACUUUUUUGUUCAAUUUCUAUCAUGUGCUGCCAGCACUAAGGUCUGCUAGAUUCUUGUUUACACAAUUACUCUUGACUUAUAUGUGAUGGGAGUUCUCCUUAAGAGCCAUACUUUAGCACAUUCAUAAGGGCAGCUGAAUGACAGUGACUCCAGAGAUGUAGUAUUACCUUUCCAUUACAUUUGAACACUUUGCCUCUUAGGUCGUCCUACAAUAUCCAUAUUGCAGUGGUUUCCAAACUGAGCCUUUGGAAAUAAACUACAAUUUAAUCUAACUUUUUCAUUGGUAAGAGUAUUUGUGAUGCCCCUGUGGGUGCAUCAGUAGAUAGGGUGUGGCUGUUCUGUCUGUGCUGCGUUGGCUCCAGUGAUUACCUUGA